ACCACACAGGAAGAAUCCACUGACACGCCAUCAAAACUAGACAUAUUGAACUCAAAUCGCUGUCAAAAAGUUCUUUCUCAGCGAUUCGUAAUGUCUCCUGCACCGGCUAAACCAGCGGCUGAACAGCCAAAAAAGAUAAAGAAGGAUCCAGCAAAGAAUGUUAUGCGAGAGUUGCAUAUCCGAAAAUUAUGUUUGAAUAUUUGUGUCGGUGAAUCUGGUGACAGAUUGACUCGCGCCGCCAAGGUAUUGGAACAGUUGACUGGACAGCAGCCCGUGUUUUCAAAGGCUCGUUAUACUGUACGAUCGUUCGGUAUUCGUCGUAAUGAAAAGAUUGCUGUACAUUGCACGGUACGCGGUGCUAAGGCUGAAGAAAUCUUGGAACGCGGUCUUAAGGUCCGAGAAUACGAGUUGAGACGUGAUAACUUCUCGGCGACCGGUAACUUCGGUUUUGGUAUUCAAGAACACAUCGAUUUAGGCAUCAAAUACGAUCCAUCCAUCGGCAUUUAUGGUCUUGAUUUCUACGUUGUUCUUGGACGACCAGGAUUCAACGUUGCUCACCGACGACGCAAAGUCGGCCAGGUUGGUUUCCCACAUCGGCUAACGAAGGAAGAUGCCAUGAAAUGGUUCCAACAGAAAUACGAUGGUAUCAUUCUCAACAGUAAAGCAAAGUAAACGAAAGUUGAAUUUACUUUUAUUAAAAAACCUGGAAAAACA